UUCGCCUCGACAGUAUGGUCAGAACGCACCCCGGGAGAGGUCCGUGGAGUAGCGGUAUCGGUUCUUUCUUGUCCCCCCAAGGACGCGUGGGUGACGACCAUUUUCCCCCGACCAUGCGAUGGUGCCGGCGCCGAUACAGGCGACCCAGGAGCGCUGGAGCCGGAGGCGCGGUCGGCGGAGGCGGCGGCAGACCUCCCGCGCGGCGCCGCGGCGGCCCUGCCGCGCUGCGCGGGGGCGGACCUGUCGGUGCCCCUGGGCUCCGUGUCCGCGGCCUCGCAGGUGCCGAGGUUCCAGAAGUACUGGGAGUUUGCGACGCAGUUCCCGCACCAGGAGAUUCCGGGAGUCGGCCCAGGCGGUCCGCCCGACGACUGGGACAGUCGGGCGGCCCUCGCUGCCCAGCGGGCUGCCGAGCGCGGGGCCCAGCUCGCCGCGGCGCACGCGGCCAACCUCAGCUCGUGCCACGCCGCACUGGACGAGGUGCAGGUCGUGCUGGCCAACCUGUCCGCGGAGCUGGCCGAGCUCCGCGCCCUGCGGGCCGCGCCGCCCGAGCUGCCCGAGGAGCCCGACACGCUCCUGUGGCACGCGCUCGGGGUGGUGCUGACCGCGGCGCUGACGCAGUGUGGCGCUUGCCUCGCCGCCCGCCUGAGCCUCUUCCUGAGCGACGGGACCGCCGCCGAGGCGGAGGAGUUCUGCAAUGAGCUGGUGCCAGGGCGGGUCGUGUCCUUCUACUAUGAGGACGACCCGAACAUAUGGCACGAACGGUUGCUGUUGUGGCCGUACCCUGGCGCCUUCCCCAACACAUGCUGGACUUGCCUCACGCCUGACGGCGACGUGUACCCGGAAGAGAUGGCGGCAGGGCCCGAUGGCGACGGGCCGAGCCGCGUUUCCCUCACGAUGGGGGCGACUCCCGCUGCUGUUCGCCCCCCGGGGCGAGUCUACAGGUUUCGUGAGCAUCCCGCCGAGGAGGACAUGAUCGACCUCUUUCGGGACGCUCGCCUGGCCGCCCGCAACGCCGGCUUGCGCGAGUCCGAGCCGACCGCCUUCAUGCGCGACGGCGGCCGGCCCACCAAGAGCAUGACGGUCAGCUUCAACGACGUGCCAGGCUUCUUGCGCCGCACGCGGGGCAAGGGCCCGUCCGCUGCCGUGCCGCGCGGCCCGCCUCGUGGCCCGCCUGUGGCCCCGCCCCCGCUGGACGCCGUGGGCGCUGAGCCAGGGGCGCUCGCCGACGGCGAGGUCGGGGGCACUCCGACCCCGAGGGGCGGCCCUGGCGCGGUGGUGCUCACUGACGAGCGGGCCGCGCCGCCUGGGUCUGCAUGGUUUGUGAUGAAGACUAUCCCGAACGAGUGCCAGCAGCUCGACGAGGUCGUCCCGAAGGCGGGUGACGUGGUCUGGGGCGAGAGCGGGCUCUACAGCACGGCGGGCGGCUUCGUCGUCCCGAUCGAGCUCCACCCUGUCCCGCUGCCUGUCGAGGUGUCGGACAAGCUAGCUGACGACGACGCCCGCCUCCUCGGCCCUCUCCAGCGCACGCGGGAGGGCCGUAGGCACCGCGACUUUCGCGAGGCGGUGUCGUCCAUGAGGCAGGAGCAGCAUGAUGACUUCCCGCUCGUCGGCGAGCGCAGUUUCAAGUGGCUGUGCGACUACAUCGUCGAUCACGGCGGCACCCCCGACGGCCGCCGCACCAAGUGGAUGAUGGAGAGCGGCUGCGCCAAGGAUUCGGCGGCCGCGCACAUCCACGACUUGCUCGGCUUCGCCAUCGAGAUGGCCGUCACCUAUGACCAGGUCGACGGCUCCAACCUCGCCAGCAUGGAGGUGGUCUCGCGGGCCUACCAGCUGAUCGAGGAGGCCAUGGGGAGCAUGAAGAUCCAGGGCGUCGAGCACUACAUCGGCCGCCAGAAGCAGAGCGCCCGUCGCGGCGUCGCGAUGGCGCCGGGGGUCGCCAAGUACGCCACCGACCAGCUCGCCAAGGAGACGGAGAUCCAGAAGCAGAGGCGCAAGGCGCGCGAGGAGAAAUCUGCCCAGUCGGGCAGGAAGGACAAGGGGUGA